UGACCCGCAGCGUGCUCCUUCUCAUGGGUCAAAAGGCUUGGAUAGAGAAGACCUUUUCUAAAAGAGAAUGCAUCUAUGUAAUUGCCAACAACAAAGACACUAGCAGGUGCUGCUGUGGCCAGCUCAUCACCCAGCAUAUUCCACCUCCUCCGAGUAUAACAGCUAAUAAAAAUGGAGAAGAAACGAAACAAGUGGAAGCUCAGCCAGAGAAAUGGUCUGUCAGUAAACACACCCAAGCAUUCCCAACUGAUGCCUAUGGAAACCUUGAAUUCCAGGGAGGAGGACAUUCAAAUAAGGCCAUGUAUAUCCGUGUGUCAUACGACACAAAACCAGAUUCUCUGCUGCACCUCAUGGUGAAAGACUGGCAACUGGAACUGCCCAAGCUCUUAAUCUCUGUCCAUGGAGGCCUCCAGAACUUUGAGAUGCAACCUAAAUUAAAGCAAGUAUUUGGAAAAGGUCUCAUAAAGGCUGCCAUGACGACAGGAGCUUGGAUUUUCACUGGUGGUGUUAGUACAGGUGUCAUUCGUCAUGUGGGAGAUGCCUUGAAAGAUCAUUCCUCCAAAUCCAGAGGACGAAUCUGUGCCAUAGGAAUUGCACCGUGGGGCAUUGUAGAAAACAAGGAAGAUCUAAUAGGAAAAGAUGUAACUCGUGUUUACCAAACCAUGUCAAACCCUCUGAGUAAGCUCUCUGUGCUCAACAGUUCCCACACCCACUUCAUCCUGGCAGACAACGGUACUUUAGGUAAAUAUGGAGCCGAAGUGAAGUUACGGCGUCAGCUGGAAAAACACAUUUCCCUCCAGAAAAUAAACACACGUCUGGGGCAAGGUGUUCCUGUAGUUGGGCUCAUAGUGGAAGGGGGUCCCAACGUGAUCUCCAUCGUGUUGGAGUGCCUGCGGGAGGAGCCCCCCCUGCCCGUGGUGAUCUGUGACGGCAGCGGGAGAGCCUCUGACAUCCUGUCCUUUGCACACAAGUACUCAGAGGAAGGAGGGAUAAUAAAUGAAUCCCUUAGGGACCAGCUUCUAGUUACCAUCCAGAAAACCUUUAACUACAACAGGAAUCAAGCUCAUCAGCUGUUCAUCAUUCUUAUGGAGUGCAUGAAAAAAAAAGAACUUAUCACCGUGUUCCGCAUGGGCUCCGAGGGCCAGCAGGACAUUGAGAUGUCCAUCCUCACUGCUCUCCUCAAAGGUACCAAUGCAUCUGCUCCAGACCAGCUCAGCUUGGCUUUGGCCUGGAAUCGUGUGGACAUUGCACGCAGCCAGAUCUUUGUCUUUGGACACCACUGGCCACCUAUAGGAAGCCUUACAGCUUCUGAUGGUACAGCUCCUGAGAAGGAAAAGAAAUCUCCAGCACCUCAGACUAAAGGAGCCAGAGGGAAAGGAAAAGGGAAGAAAAAGGGAGGAAAAGGAAAAGAAGAGCCAGAAGAAGAAACAGACCCAAGAAAGCUUGAACUCCUGAACUGGGUGAAUUCCCUGGAGCAGGCCAUGCUGGAUGCGCUGGUUCUGGAUCGAGUGGAUUUUGUGAAGCUGCUGAUUGAGAAUGGAGUGAAUAUGCAGCACUUCCUGACUAUUCCUCGCCUGGAGGAACUUUAUAACACUAGGUUGGGUCCACCAAAUACGCUGCAUUUGCUGGUCAGAGAUGUGAAAAAGGGAAAUCUUCCCCCAGAUUAUCACAUCAGCCUGAUAGACAUUGGUCUCGUGCUCGAGUAUCUCAUGGGUGGAGCUUAUCGCUGCAACUACACCCGGAAAAGUUUUCGGACCCUUUAUAAUAAUUUAUUUGGACCAAAGAGGCCAAAAGCUCUUAAACUACUAGGGAUGGAGGAUGAUGAGCCUCCCACCAAAGGGAAGAAGAAAAAGAAAAAAAAGGAGGAAGAGAUUGACAUUGAUGUGGAUGACCCCGAAGUGAGCCGCUUUCAGUACCCCUUCCAUGAGCUGAUGGUGUGGGCCGUGCUGAUGAAGCGGCAGAAGAUGGCCCUCUUCCUCUGGCAGAGAGGGGAGGAAUCCAUGGCCAAGGCACUCGUGGCUUGUAAGCUCUACAAGUCUAUGGCCCACGAGUCCUCUGAGAGUGAGCUGGUGGACGACAUCUCUCAGGAUCUGGACAACAACUCCAAAGAUUUUGGCCAGCUGGCUGUUGAGCUCUUGGAUCAGUCCUAUAAACAUGACGAGCAGAUUGCCAUGAAACUGCUGACCUACGAACUGAAAAACUGGAGCAAUUCUACCUGCCUGAAACUGGCUGUGGCAGCCAAGCACAGGGACUUCAUCGCUCACACGUGCAGCCAGAUGCUCCUGACGGACAUGUGGAUGGGGCGCCUGCGCAUGCGCAAGAACCCCGGCCUGAAGGUUAUAAUGGGCAUUCUCUUCCCUCCCACCAUCCUUUUCCUCGAGUAUCGCAGUUAUGAUGAUUAUUCCUACCAGACAUCACGAGAAAAUGAGGAAGGCAAAGAAAAGGAGGAGGAAAAUGCGGAUGCAAAUGCAGACACAGGCUCCCGGAAAGGGGAUGAAGAGAAUGGAAAGAAAAAACAACAGAGCCUUCCAAUUGGAACAAAGAUCUAUGAAUUCUAUAAUGCACCUAUUGUCAAAUUCUGGUUCUACACGAUAUCGUACCUUGGUUACUUGAUGUUAUUUAAUUAUAUCAUCUUGGUGCGGAUGGAGCGGUGGCCAUCGGUCCAGGAAUGGAUUGUCAUCUCCUACAUUGUGACCUUGGCUCUGGAGAAAGUGAGAGAGAUUCUGAUGUCAGAGCCUGGCAAGCUGAGCCAAAAAGUCAAAGUUUGGCUCCAGGAAUACUGGAAUAUUACUGACCUGGUGGCUAUUUCAGUAUUUAUUAUAGGAGCAAUUCUUCGCCUGCAGAACCAGCCUUACAUGGGUUAUGGCAGAGUGAUUUACUGCGUAGAUAUCAUUUUCUGGUACAUCAGAGUACUGGACAUCUUUGGUGUGAACAAAUAUCUGGGACCUUACGUCAUGAUGAUUGGAAAGAUGAUGAUUGACAUGCUGUACUUCGUGGUCAUCAUGCUCGUGGUCCUGAUGAGCUUCGGGGUGGCCCGCCAGGCCAUCCUGCACCCCGACGAGGAGCCGUCCUGGAGGCUGGCGCGGAACAUCUUCUACAUGCCCUACUGGAUGAUCUACGGAGAGGUGUUCGCUGACCAGAUAGACCGUAAGAGUAGAAUUCAUACUCCCUGUGGGGACAAUCUCUAUGAUGAUGAUGGUAAACGCCUCCCUCCGUGUAUACCAGGGGCCUGGCUCACUCCUGCCAUCAUGGCCUGUUACCUCUUGGUGGCAAAUAUCCUGCUGGUAAACCUGCUGAUUGCUGUCUUCAACAAUACUUUCUUUGAGGUAAAAUCGAUAUCCAACCAAGUGUGGAAGUUCCAGCGGUACCAGCUGAUCAUGACGUUCCACGACCGGCCUGUGCUGCCACCACCCAUGAUCAUCUUCAGCCACAUCUACAUCAUCAUCAAGAGGAUCUGCUGCCGCUGCAAGAAGGGAGAUGGGGACCAGGAUGAGCGGGACAGGGGACUGAAGUUAUUUCUGAAUGAUGAAGAGCUAAAAAAACUGUACGAGUUUGAAGAGGAGUGUGUAGAAGAAUACUUCCAGGAGAAAGAGGAUGAGCAGCAAUCCUCCAACGAUGAACGCAUCAGAGUUACUUCUGAAAGAGUUGAAAACAUGGCCAUGAGGCUCGAGGAAGUGAAUGAGAGAGAGCAUUUUAUGAAAGCUUCUCUGCAAACAGUGGACCUCCGUCUGUCCCAGCUGGAAGAGCUGUCUGGCCGGAUGGUGAAUGCCCUGGAGAAGCUGGCGGGCAUCGACAAGUCGGAGCUGACGUACCCGCGCUCGCGGGCCUCGUCCGAGUGUGACGCUGCUUACCUGCUGAGGCAGAGCAGCGUCAACAGCUCCGACGGCUACAGCCUGUACAGGUACCAGGUGGGGGGGGACGAGCUAACCCUGGAUGACAGCACUCCUAUGUCACCAGCCAUGGCCAUGAGGAGGAAAGCCCACUCCAUUGGCACCAGAGAGGAUGGAACAGACUCAAGAAUGCUGGUUCCAGAACACCACGGCAGUCCCCAUCACAGCCCUAGUGCUAAUGCAGUCACCACAGCAGAGCACAGUAAAUCUACACUAGAUAUUGCACAGAGUGAUUCCACACCCCUUUCUCGGUCAGGUGGCUCGGGGGAUGAAAAGCAGACGAUUUUCAGUAGCAAUGGAAUGAUCCCUCAAAGUAUAAACCAGAUGGAUGCUGUUCCAAACAGUCAGUCAGCAGCAGGACCGGAUUUUCAGAACACUCAGUUAAAAGUAGAACGUACCAAGUUAGAAGCCACCAUCUCUUAUCCCUUGGAAAAAUCUAAAGCAGUGCGCUACUUCCCUCCUGAAACUUUCAGUGCUUGUCAAACCACCAUGAUGAAGUCAAGGAGCUUUAUAUUUGCACAAGGGGGGACGCUGGUUGGAGGAGUUAACAACUGGACCACAGAGUACAGCACCAUUAUGGACCAGGUGUGCCCUUCCACCAUUGAACACUGGGCCACAGAGUGGAAAUACGAAGUUGAGCAGCAGCUUUCUCAGGAACGGCCUCCAGAGUACCCCGGGCUUGUCUCUGAAGCAGAAAGGCAAGCAGAGGAGAAGCAGUUACAGAUGGACACAGAUGAUGACAGUAAUGCUGGUGAAGCAGGUGUGAGUGCCUCUUACACCCCUAUGCCUGCCCCUGUCAAGGCUGAGAAAGAGAAUUUACUGUCAGUGAAGCCAGAAAGGACUCCUGGGCUCCCACCAGUACGUUCCAAGAGUUUGCACAGCCAUUCUCGGAAAGCCAAGUCUGUAAAGGACAAAUUAAAAAGACCAGGACAUGCCAGCAGUGUGACUAAUCUGGUUGGACCCUUUGGCAGUGCAAGAGAAGAACAGAAAUCUAGGCAAGAAAAUGCAUCCACAGAAACUGAAUGUUAAAGUGGCUUAUGGCCCUGCUUCACUGACAGUCAAGACAGCAGCAUGGCUAAUUGAACAAAU